AUGACAGAGACUCUUUUUGAGCGUUACGUUUUAGUUACAGGUGGUGCUGGGUUUAUUGGCUCGCAUUUUCUCGAAUAUCUUGUUACAAAGUACCCCAACUACCACUUUACAUGUAUCGAUAAACUAAACUAUGUCAGCAGCUAUUCUACUAAAUUUCUUGAUAGCUUGACCUCGUUGCCCAACUUCAAAUUCAUUAAACGGGACUUGGCUUUAGAGCUCGAGUUUUUGAAACAGUUAUUAGUCUUCAACUUCAACACUAACCGCAUAACUGAGGUGAUCAAUUUCGCAGCCGAAUCCAGCGUGGACAUAUCAUUUGAUGAUCCUUUGUAUGUUAUCUCCAACAAUAUCCUCAGCACCGCCAACCUAUUAGAGUGCUUUCGACUAGUUAAAUUGGCCAAUCCAGAGGAAACGUUCAAUUUCUUGCAUGUUUCGACGGACGAGGUAUAUGGAGAUGAAGGUAUCCAAUCCGACGAGAGUGCAUCCCUCCGUCCUACAAAUCCUUACUCCGCUUCUAAGGCAUCGUUAGAUAUGAUCAUAAACUCCUACAAAUGCUCGUGGAAACUUCCAAUUUCUAUAGUGAGGCCCAACAACGUGUAUGGGCCAAGGCAGUAUCCAAAUAAGUUGGUUCCAGCAGCCAUAAACAGACUUUUCAGUGGAAAACCCGUUCGGAUUCACGGCAGCGGUAGCAAUCUCCGCUGCUACUUGCACGUCCACGAUUUGGUACGGGCGUUAGAGCUAGUAUGGAAAAGCCCAAACAAGGGCCAAGUCUUUAAUGUGGGCAAUGGGGACGAAAUCCUGAACGUUGCCUUGGUGGAAAAGAUAUGCAAGCUCUACUUCAAGGAUGAGCCAUUUGAACUCCAGAAACAUGUCGAAUUUGUGGAGGACAGGAAGUACAACGAUAUGAGGUACUCUAUGAGCUGUGAGAAGAUCGGGGAGUUGGGGUGGAGUCCGAGGAUUCGCUUGGAGGACGGCUUGAGCGAAAUGAUCGAAAUGCAAAGGGGAUAA